GGUUCGACCAUGUGCGUUUGAUUUUGUGCGCCGCAAGUUUUGCUCGGUCCUGAAAAUCCUCAAAUUCCGUAAAUUUUGCUUGUUAAAAAAAAGUUUUAAACCCCCUUGUGCACACCAUGUCCUCCCGCGACGAAGAACGGAUGGAGUUCGCCGAGGACCAGAACAUCGAGGAUGCGAUCCUGGCCGGGGAAAGUGACGACGGCGGCAGCGACGAUGAAGAAGCCGGUGAUGAGGCGAUGGGGGACGAGGAAGGGGCGGGUGGCGGCCAGGUGUAUCUGCCGGGACGGAAGCUGAACAACGACGAGGAACUGGUUUGUGACGAGUCGGCUUAUGUGAUGCUGCACCAGGCCCAUACGGGGGCGCCUUGCUUGAGCUUUGACAUCGUUGCUGAUCCGCUUGGGGAUGACCGGGAGGCGUUUCCGUUGACGGCGUUCAUGGUGGCGGGGACACAGGCGGCGCGGACCCACGUGAACAGUGUGAUUGUUAUGAAGAUGGGGAACUUGCACAGGACGUCGAAGGAGCGGGCGGAGGACGAUGAGGAUGAUUCGGAUUUGGAGAGUGACGAGGAGGAUGGGGAAGAAGAUAAGCGGCCGGUGAUGAGUUGCGCGUUGAUUAAGCACGCUGGGUGUGUGAACCGGAUUCGGGCGACGACGUUUAACAACACGCACUACGUGGCCACUUGGAGCGAGAUGGGUCGGGUUAAUAUCUACAAUAUUAAUGAUCAGCUGGCGGCCGUUGACGAUGAGCACGCGUGCAAAAAUUACGAGAAUAACAAGGUUGGAGAUGGGGUGAAGCCGGACUUUGUGUUCUCCGGUCACCAGAAGGAGGGCUUUGCCGUGGAUUGGUGUACGACGACGCGGGGAAUGCUGGCCACCGGGGACUGCCGUCGGGACAUUCACAUCUGGCGGCCAAACGAUAAGGGAUCGUGGACGGUGGACCAGCGGCCACUGAUUGGACACACCGAAUCGGUGGAGGACAUCCAGUGGAGUCCGAACGAGCCAAACGUGCUGGCCAGCUGCUCGGUGGACAAGUCGAUUCGGAUUUGGGAUUGUCGGGCGGCUCCUUCGAAGGCGUGCAUGUUGACGGCGGAAAAGUGCCACGAAAGUGACGUCAACGUCAUCAGCUGGAACCGGAACGAACCGCUGAUAGCUAGUGGUGGCGACGACGGUUACCUCCACAUCUGGGACCUCCGUCAGUUCCAGUCAAAGUCGGCGGUCGCGACGUUCAAGCACCACACCAACCACGUCACCACCGUUGAGUGGCACCCGAAGGAGUCCACGAUUUUGGCGAGUGGUGGCGACGACGAUCAGAUCGCGCUGUGGGAUCUGUCCGUGGAACGGGAUGACGACGACGAGCGGAACGAUCCCCAGCUGAAGGAUCUGCCGCCGCAGUUGCUGUUUGUGCACCAGGGUCAAACGGAAAUUAAGGAGCUGCACUGGCACCCCCAGCUUAAGGGUGUAAUUUUGUCCACGGCCCACAGCGGAUUCAACGUGUUCCGAACAAUCAGCGUUUAAAGAGCAAACAGGCAGGGAGUUGUUCUUUCCCGAAUCAUACAAUUGCAUCGAUUGUAACUUGAACAUACACAUAUAUUGGCCCAAAAUAAAAAGUUUAACAAGUA